CGGGCAGGGAGGGAGAGGGCAGUCAGCCCGCGGCCGUGUCCCCGCUGCCGUCUGCGCUGCUCGGUGCCCACCGAAGGUGGGCGGCAGGGUGCGAGAGCGCGGGGGAGGAGCCGAACAACCCGUUGCUUCCCGAUAGCACAGCCACCGCCCCCAGGAGUUCGCUGGAGCGCGGAGCCCCCUGCAGGGGAGGAGGCGAGCGGCGGGCGGGACGCGGCGGCGAGCGCGCACCAUGCAGUCCCGGCCGGGCCAGCGCCGGCUGCUAGCCGUGCUGUGAGGCGGCCGGGUCUCCCGGCCACCGCAUUCCGCCUUCCUCCCUCCCAGGUGCUGCCAGGCGCUCUCGCCUUUGCUCCGGCACUCGGACCCGGGUGGAACACACGGCCUGACUCUGCCCCACUCCGCCUGGAACAUGACGGGGGGCCCGGAGGAAGAGAAGGCGAGUGACAGGCCUGCGCCGACCCUGUUCGGGGGGCGGCCAGCUCUCUGAGGCGCCCCCACCUGCUACCAUGUGUCGCCGCCACGGUUACCCAGCCUGUCGCUAAACUUUCCCGGCCUCGGCCCGACUCGGAGUUGCGUUUCAGGAGCCGAGUAUCCCAGGGACAGAAGACCCAGGCUGGCUGCAGACAUCUGCCCCUCUCGGCGAGAUCCUUAGAGAGCCCCUUCCCUGGAAUUGGAGCCCUAACCGUCCCUCUCCAGCCCUAUCCUGCGAAGAGCUGAGUGCUGGCAGCGGAGGCAGCGCGUUCCCGAAGCAGUUUAUCUUUGGACGGAUUUCUUUAAGAGAAAAAGAAACCAACAGGUUGCCAACCCCGGCGUCACAGGGGAGACUCCGGAGAGGGAAGCCCCAGCCCCGGUUUCCUCUGCCUGCCUUGGCCCCUCGCGGGCUGCGGGAGGAGAGGAGAGGGGAGGGAGGGGGCGAUGGCUCGGCCUGACCCGUGCGCGCCGCCCUCGCUCCUGCUGUUGCUUCUGGCGCAGCUGGCGGGCCGGGCGGCGGCCGCCUCCAAAGCCCCGGUGUGCCAGGAAAUCACGGUACCCAUGUGCCGCGGCAUCGGCUACAACCUGACGCACAUGCCCAACCAGUUCAACCACGACACGCAGGACGAGGCGGGCCUGGAGGUGCACCAGUUCUGGCCACUGGUGGAGAUCCACUGCUCGCCGGACUUGCGCUUCUUCCUGUGCUCCAUGUACACGCCCAUCUGCCUGCCGGACUACCAUAAACCGCUGCCGCCCUGCCGCUCCGUGUGCGAGCGCGCCAAGGCCGGCUGCUCGCCUCUCAUGCGCCAGUAUGGCUUCGCCUGGCCAGAGCGCAUGAGCUGUGACCGUCUCCCUGUGCUGGGCCGCGACGCCGAGGUCCUGUGCAUGGAUUACAACCGCAGUGAGGCCACCACGACGCCCCCCAAAUCCUUCCCAGCCAAGCCCACCCUCCCAGGCCCGCCAGGGGCGCCGUCCUCCGGGAGCGAGUGCACAGCAGGGGGCCCAUCUGUGUGCACGUGCCGCGAGCCCUUCGUGCCCAUCCUGAAGGAGUCGCACCCACUCUACAACAAGGUGCGAACGGGACAGGUGCCCAACUGUGCGGUGCCCUGCUACCAGCCGUCCUUCAGCCCAGACGAGCGCACGUUCGCCACCUUCUGGAUUGGUCUCUGGUCAGUGCUUUGCUUCAUCUCCACUUCCACGACGGUGGCCACUUUCCUCAUUGACAUGGAACGCUUCCGCUACCCGGAGCGCCCAAUUAUCUUUCUGUCAGCCUGCUACCUGUGCGUGUCGCUGGGAUUCCUGGUGCGCCUGGUUGUGGGCCAUGCCAGUGUGGCCUGCAGCCGGGAGCACAACCAUAUCCACUAUGAGACGACAGGCCCUGCGCUGUGCACCGUCGUAUUCCUGCUAGUCUACUUCUUUGGCAUGGCCAGUUCCAUCUGGUGGGUCAUCCUGUCGCUCACCUGGUUCUUGGCUGCUGGCAUGAAAUGGGGCAAUGAGGCCAUUGCGGGUUAUGCACAGUACUUCCACCUAGCAGCGUGGCUUAUUCCCAGCGUUAAGUCCAUUACGGCGCUGGCUCUGAGCUCGGUGGACGGGGACCCGGUAGCCGGCAUAUGCUACGUGGGCAACCAGAACCUGAACUCCCUUCGCGGCUUUGUCCUGGGCCCACUGGUGCUCUACCUCCUGGUGGGCACGCUCUUCCUCCUAGCGGGCUUCGUGUCGCUUUUCCGCAUCCGCAGCGUCAUUAAGCAGGGCGGCACCAAGACGGACAAGCUGGAGAAGCUUAUGAUCCGCAUUGGCAUCUUCACGUUGCUCUACACGGUGCCCGCCAGCAUCGUGGUGGCCUGCUACCUGUAUGAGCAGCACUAUCGCGAGAGCUGGGAGGCGGCUCUCACCUGCGCUUGCCCGGGCCCCGACGCCGGCCAGCCGCGCGCCAAGCCCGAGUACUGGGUGCUCAUGCUCAAGUAUUUCAUGUGCUUGGUGGUGGGCAUCACGUCGGGCGUCUGGAUCUGGUCCGGCAAGACAGUGGAGUCUUGGCGGCGCUUCACCAGCCGCUGCUGCUGCCGCCCGCGGCGGGGCCACAAGAGCGGGGGCGCUAUGGCCGCCGGGGACUACGCCGAGGCGAGCGCUGCGCUCACUGGCAGGACCGGGCCUCCGGGCCCCUCUGCCGCCUACCACAAGCAGGUGUCCCUGUCGCACGUAUAGGAGGAGGCCUCGGCCGAGGGACCCGUGCUGGGAGUUGAGGGAGGGGGUUGUUUUGUUUCGUAGCUUGAGAAGGUCACUUCCGUUUACCUUCAUGGUGCUGAUGCCCCCUCCCAGGACAAAUUGGAGAGAGGGAAAAGGGGCAGUUUCCAGGGAGCAUCUGUCCCAGUUCUUAAAGGGGCUCUGCUCACGUGUAUACUGAUUUGCGUUUCUUACUGCCGCCUUUAGAGGAACCCUCUUUUUAAUUUAUAUGUAUUGUUCUUAAUUUUUAACUGUUGCAUUUUGGCAACAAAAUUUACCUUUGCUUUGGGGGCUUUACAAUCCUAAAGUUGGCAUUGUAAUGAGGUUCCAUUUGGUUCAGGUUUCUUUGAACUGUGUGGUCUAAAUUGGGAAAAUGUAUUUCCUAUACGUGUGUCUUUAAAAAAAAAUGUGAACAGUGAAAGUUUGGGUUGCUGUGACUGGAAAGGAGUGGAGUGUACUUUUUCAACUAAUUUCUCCUUCCACUGCUUUAAAGUGUCCAAGCUGCUUUAGAACUGCUGCACGUCCUGGAGUACAGCCCCAAGUCCUCCCAAGGAGGGGAACAUAAUGUGCUAGGGCCUCUCCAGGUUGACAGGUUUAGGUGAGGGAGUGCCUAGGGAUUUUGUGUGCAUCCUUAACCUUGUCAGUUGAGCUUUGGGUUCUUUGCAGCAUUCAUUUUCAUUCCUAACAGAACCAGUGUCCUGUCCAAGUUAGAAGUAGCAGCAUAGAAUGUCCGCCAUAAACAUUUGCAAUAAUAAGAGCCUAAGAGAUGGUGAUUGGUUGAGCGUGAAUUCUAGACUGGUGAGAUGGUAAGCUUUGUGCCAGAGAGGGGGUGGGUGGUUCUUAAUAAGCUUCUGUGAUCCCUUAUUAUUUUAAAGGAACUUGUGUUACAAUUUUGGUGAAAGUACACCCACUCUCUUCUUCUGGAAAUACUUAGGGAUUGUUGCUAAAGAGGGCUCCCUUUUAAAUUAAAGGACUAAAACGGAUAUGCUUCCAGUAAUUAAAGUAAAUUUCCAGCUUCUCUUAUCUGCUCCCUCACCCUGCCUCCUUUAUCAUGUUAAACAGUCUUUUUGCUUUUCUUAUUCCUCCUCUCCUGGAGAGCUGUGAUUAGAAACCACACCCACCCUCCAGUGAAGUGCUUGAACUGGGGGAGGGAGGCUGGCUACCUGUGAACAAACAUUGGCCCCAAGGAGGGAAAACAAGUGUCCCUGGACUCAAGGCUAGUUUUUGUCCCCAAAGCAGCAAUACAGUGCUCUCUGCAGUCUCUGAAAACAAAUGAGACCCACAACAUCCUUGCAUAAGCUUUUAAAUAUGAUUAGUGGAAUGCCAUUGCAAGAAGAAGCCCUGCUCCCCACUCCACUUCCCACCCCACCUUAAUUUUCCUUUUCCUUUUCUGAGAAAAAGAAAGGCCUAUAACACACUUGCUGUUACUAGGUUUGCUUUCCUAAUGUUUAACCAUUCUUUCAUAUAUGAAAGCCUAUAUCUUGGUGAAUACACACACACACACAAACACACACACACACACACACAAACACACACACACUUCUUUGCCUUCGGAAGUUAUGUUCUCCUAAUCUGUUUAACCAUUCAUUCAUGAAGAGUGUGAGGCCACCACUGGGAAAGGGGUGACAGUGCAUCAGCCAGAAAAUACCAGUGACCAGGACUGAGCGGAGAAGAAAUUUAAUGGCCAAAGCAAUUAAAGAUUGAGAAAGCUUCCCUAGGGAAACAACUGGAAUCUAGGCAUUUGAGCUUCAUUUGAAGCAAAGUUAGAAAAAUUUAAGCCUACAUCAGUUUUCCUUCACUAGUGUUGAGUAGACAAAUACAUAGUUGCCACAGGGAAUCAAAAUAGUUGGUGGAGAGAAGUCUAGUACCAUAGCUCCAAAGCUGAUCACAUUAAUAAAAUCGUACUGCUCUUGCCCAGCUCAUUCUCUGAAUCAAAAUUAAAAAUCCCGGAGAUUUGACAGAACCGUGUAUACAUAGCUACAGAACUUUGCGCAUAUCUUAUUCCUCUAUUUAUUCAGAAGCCUCUUCCUAGAACCUUGCAAUGGAUCUCCUGCCUGGCCACCAGUUCCUCUCCUUUUUUCAAAUGAGAUCACCUUGACCUCUUCCCUCAUUUAACAUGUCUUCCCAGAAUCUGCUGCCUUCAGAUUUGGGCUAUCUCCCUUCCUUUGAAUCCAGAAAUGAUGCACUAAAUCUAAAAGUUGUGGGACGAAGUGAGUGGAUUCACACUUUUUUUUUUUAUUGUUGCAACAUCCCAAACCUAAAAACAAUCAAUUUAACCUGCAAAAUUAGAUAGUUAAAACACAGAUGCUAAGCCAAGGGAGGCAAGCAAGAUAGAUUAGGCUUUCUGAGAUCUAGUUUCAGAAGCACCUUUUAUUCUCACCCCUGCUCUCCUUUCUUCCCUCAUUCACUAAAAGAGACAAAGAUAAUACCCCCCACCCCACCCCCUUUUAGUAAUCAGCCAACCCACCUAGGGAGAAUACUGCAUCUAUUUAUAGCCACUCCUUAUUUCUACCCACAUACUUAUUUUUCCCUGUUUUGCAUUUUUGUUAUAAAAACAAAUCAUACUCAUGAAAACAGUUAUAAAAUGAAAGGCUAUGGGGUAGGUAGUUCAGCAACUUCUUCACAGCCACCCUUGUGAGGUUGGGAUGUAGGGGCCCUGUUUCUAUCUCAGAUCCAGUUUCUGGACUGUCCCUUUCACUGUCCAGUUUUAAGCAGUGUCUCACUUCACAGGUUAGUUGGGGAGGAUCUAGGUAGAAAAUUGCCUGCAGGAACUAAUGGGACCUCAGUGGCCAGAUUGUGGGAAGUUUUUAAAAUUUAUAUUAUUUCCCUCCUCGAAUUUUGAAGUUGCUAAAUUGGCUGGAAAUCAUUUUUCUUGGUGCCUUAUUGGUUUAUUCACACAAACCUUUUGUCAAGUUUCCAUGUGACUAUUGCCGAUGACCAGGUCCUAUGUGUAUGUGUUGUGUGUAAUUGUGUGCACGAACAAGCUUAAAUAAUAUGCCGACAGCACUGUUUCAAAGUUGGUAUUCAUUAGGCAGUUCCCUCCUGGGCCAGGGCUGCACUAAUCUUGACACGGGCUGCCAGGAGAAAACCUCAUGGAUCACACACCGAACCUUAAUAACAGCAUCGGUGACCUGCACUCUCUGGUACAGAAUGGGAACCCCAGAGCUAGGAAGCGCAGUUGUAUAUUUUAAUGAACUGCUACCCCUGCUAAAGAAGCUUCUUUCACUUUUGUGCUCUACAGAAAGACCAAGGGGGGUAGGAGGGACAAAGCUUUGAAUAACUGCUUUCUAACACCGAAUGUGGCAAACAGGAUGGAGCACAUCACAAAUCUAGGCAGGUGUGAGGUACAGGGACUAAGAAUCCCUGCUCCCUCUGCAUGCCCUUUUUUGUCUCCAAAGUCUAAUCAAGUGAUUCUGGGGAAGAAAUAUGCCUGGGUUGGGGAGGGUGGUUCUGAAAGAAAAAAACUACCAAGACAUUAAAGAAGGGUGAAGGAUAGGCAGGAUGUAAGUUAACCUGACUCAAAACUCAGAAGCUUCUAGCAGCCUGAUGACAAUUACAGGAUUUAUUUCAGCCAGCAUGUCUGUCCAUCUGUGGCACAUCUUUUAAAGACAAUAUUACUUCAUGUUUUUACAAACUGUAUGUACAGUAUGUAUGUCUUGUGGGUGUGUAUAUACAUAAUAUAUAUUAUAUAUAUGAGAGAUUUAGUGAUUUUUGAUACGGGUUUGGUGCAGGUGAAUUUCUUACUGAGCCAAAUGAGGCACAUACCGAGUCAGUAGUUGGAGUCCAGGGCAUUCAGUACUUUUUAUGACUUCCUAAGUGUGUAGUGCCUACCCCAUGCAGUAUAGUCACUGUCGUUGUCAAAUCCAGAACUCGCAUCAGAGCCAGCGAUAUUUUAUUUGUAGACAAUCAAUUUUAAUCUAUAAAUUAUUACUGACAAAUGAUUAUAAUUCUGAAUCCAUAACACUAAUAAAAAGAAACCCAGAGCAUCAUAAAGAGGUUUUGUUUUGUUCCUGGAAGUAGAGCAGCAAUAGUACAUGGUUAUGUUAGUCUCAAGAUACUUAACUUGCUGACCUUAUUUCAGAAAAAAUAAUUUGUAUGAAUUCUAUUUGUGGGAAGAUAAAAUAAUGGUUUGAGAUUUUUAUCAAAUAUGGAGAUUAGUUAUUUAUGAAAACAAAGAAAUGUCUAUUUUUGUUUCUUUGUUCCCAAUUAAUGUAGAUAACUUUUAAAUGCAUUAAAGCAAUGGUAAAGAAAAUAAACAGAUGCCCUUGAA